AUGAGGGGAACUACAUACACGUCCAUCGAGGCACCGAGUGCUCUCGACGGCGGUGAAGAAGGACUAGAUCAAGCCAGCAAGUGCAGAUAUCAGACACAGGGCGCUAUAGGGGUUGCAAAGACUUCACAGGCACGACCUUAUCUACGGUGGUAUGGCCAUCAGGACUGGACGUCUCCAAGAGGCAAAAGAGGAGACCCGCCCGUCUUGGUGGCCAAUCUGCCCAGUAUAGGUGGGACGGUUGGAGUGGCGGCAUCUCAGGCUGAAAGCCUUGCUCCGCCUUCGCCUUCGCCUUACCAUGGAGGAAGCAUGUGCAUGCCCGCUGGGAGAAGCUCGCUCGAGCACGGGAAACUGCUACAUGCAACCAAGGUCUAG